GCCUGCACUGGAUCAUCCGAUCAUAGGUAUAAUUCAUGGCAACGCCUUCACCGACAUGCCCAUCUGUUUAGGUUUUCUGAUCGCGCUUUCUCCUCCCCAUCAGCAAUAGUCAGCCGUCUCUCCGACUGACCCUCGGACCGGCUUCGCACGCGUUGUCGGGUCGCCGGAUUCCACAGGUCGCGGAAGCAGUGAUCGAUUCCCAGUAAAGAGCAGCCCUGCCGGCACCCAGCCAUGUCCUUCUCCAUGGAUUUCCGUUCGCUCGGCCGCGACCUGGCCCUCGCGUCUCAGAGCGCGGUCGGGUCGUCCAAGGACUUCUUAGACCUAGUUAAAGCCAUAGGGGAGGCCAAGUCAAAGGCGGAGGAGGAUAGAAUCAUGGCGGGGGAGCUGGAGCUGCUUAAAAAGAAGAUAUCUGAGCCGGACGUGCCGAAGAAGCGGAUGAAGGAGUACAUACUCCGCCUCAUGUACCUCGAGAUUCUCGGCCACGAUGCGUCGUUCGGUUACAUCCACGCCGUGAAGAUGACACACGACGACAACCUACUGUUGAAACGCACGGGGUAUCUCGCGUGUACGCUGUUCCUGGACGACUCGCACGAUCUGAUCAUCUUGAUCGUCAACACCAUCCAGAAGGAUCUCAAAUCCGAUAAUUACCUCGUCGUGUGCGCGGCCUUAGGAGCCGUCUGCAAGUUAAUCAACGAGGAAACGAUUCCCGCGGUCUUGAGUCCAAUAGUGGACCUGCUGAAGCACCCCAAGGAGCUGGUCCGCAAGAAGGCCGUGAUGGCGCUGCAGCGGUUCCACCAGCGAUCGCCGUCCAGCGUGUCGCACGUGACGGAGAAGUUUCGCCAGGCGCUGUGCGACAAGGACCCGAGCGUGAUGAGCGCGUCGCUGUGCGCGCUGCACGACCUCAUCGCGACGGACCCCGCGCCGUACCGCAACCUGGCGCCGUCGUUCCUCAGCAUCCUCAAGCAGGUGGCGGAGGGCCGCCUGCCCAAGUCCUUCGACUACCACCGCGUGCCCGCGCCCUUCAUCCAGAUCAAGCUGCUGAAGCUGCUGGCGCUCCUGGGAGCCAACAACUCGACAGCCAGCGAGCCCAUGUACCCCGUCAUCGCUGACGUCAUCCGGCGCAUCAGCGAGUCGCAGCCCAAGGCGGGCACCACGGGGCGGCGGGACGACUCGCAGGUGACAGCUGGCAACGCGAUCCUGUACGAGGCGAUCCGCACGGUGGCCGCCAUCCACCCGUCCGACGCGCUGCUGUCGUCGUGCGCCGCCAUCACCUCCUCCUUCCUCAAGAGCGCCGUGCACAACCUGCGGUACAUGGGCGUGGACUGCCUGGCGCAGAUCAUCCGCAUCCGCCCCGAGCUGGCCUCCGAGCACCAGAUCGCCGUCAUUGACUGCCUGGAAGAUCCCGACGACUCGCUCAAGCGCAAAACACUCGAUCUUCUUCAUAAGAUGACGGGCCCGGACAACGUGGAGGUUAUAGUGGAGCACGUGCUGCAGUACCUGAGGGGACUGCGCUCGGGGGACGACGCGCAUGCGCACGGCCGCGCUGACCUGGCGGCACGGAUUGUUGAGCUGGCGGAGAGAUUCGCUCCAUCGAAUGAGUGGUUCAUCCAGACAAUGAACAGCGUGUUUGAGGUGGCGGGCGAUGUGGUGCGCCCCAAGGUGGCGCACGACCUCAUGAGGCUCAUUGCCGAGGGGUCGGGCGGCGACAACGACGAUGCCGACUCGCGCCUGCGCUCCUCCGCUGUGCAAUCGUACCUCAGUCUGCUCAAAGAACCCAACCUGCCCACGCUGCUGCUCCAGGUCAUCUGCUGGGUGUUGGGGGAGUAUGCCACGUCAGACGGCCACAUGUCAGCAGAUGAUGUCAUGGCAAAGUUGUGUGACGUGGCAGAGGCUCAUGACACCGACGACAGUGUGCGGGCUUAUGUCCUGACGGCCAUGGCCAAGGUGCUGGCAUUCGAGGCAGCGAGUGGCAGGCGGCCGCAGCUGCCACCUGACGCGCGGGCAUUUGUGGAGGACAUGCUGGCGGCACAUUGCACGGACCUGCAGCAGCGCGCCUACGAGCUGCACGCGCUCGUGGCGCUCAGCCCCGACACGCUGGCCGCCGUGCUGCCUGUUGACGGCAGCUGUGAGGACAUUGAGAUGGACCCAUCGCUGCCCUUCCUCGACCAGUACGUCGGUGACUCCCUCGCAGCGGGGGCGCGCCCCUACCUCUCAGAGUCCGACCGUCUCAACUUCUCUGCCGGCGUGGAUACCACCUCCCUCGCAUCCGCCCUGCACGACCCCUCCUCCUCCUCUGCUGCGCGCCAUGCCGACCGCACCCUGCGCUUCGAGGCGUAUGAGCAGCCCAAGCUGCCCUCCGCACCCCUCGCUGCCUCGCACCGCGGGGGUACCGGUGGCAGUGGCUUCUCCGCCUCUGCCGCGGCCUACUCGUCCGCCAACCCGCCCCCUGCCCUCUUUGCUACUUCCUCUGGAGGAUUCCGGGACUCGUCUGGUGGGGGUUAUGCAGGGGGGGACGCUAGCAGCGGUGUGGGGGGAGGGGCAGCAGACGGAGCGAGGCUGAAUCUCUCAGGCGUGCAAAGAAAAUGGGGUCGACCCGCUGCCCCCCCUCCAUCAGCUGGUGCCUCUUCUGCCACUCCAGCGGGGCCUUCUGCUGACUUGUUCUCCAUCCCCGCUGACUCAGCUGCCUCGGCCGCAGGAGCAGGGGGGGCGGGCGCAGGAGCAGCGGCAGGGAGAGGGGGUGAUCGGAGAGCGGCUGAGAGCACGCAGGUGAGUGAGGAGAAGCAGAGGCUGGCAGCAAAGCUAUUUGGGGGCAAGGGAGGGGCAGGAGCUGGUGCAGCUGCUUCGUCUGGUCUGGUGGGGACGAGAUCGGAGCCAAGGACUGUGGGAACAGCAGGGCCAUGGGGCAAAAGAGGUUCAGGAGGAGCAGCAGCAGAGAGCGGGGCAGCAGGUGCUUCUGCUCCCAGUGCUCCUGCCCCCCCUCCUGCUCCCGCUGCUCCUGUUGCGGACCUGCUGCUGAUGGACCUCAAUGACGACCCGCCACCAGCAAGCACGGCAUCCAUGCCUGACAGCUCAGCAGCAGCUCCUGCCGUGUCAGCCACAGCAUCUGCUUCUGCCACACUGGACCCUUUUAAGGCUCUGGAGGAGCUGACUGUGCUGCCAGCUGGUGGAUCACUAUUGGCUGCCGAGAACAGCACCGCUGGCAGUUCAUCUACUAGUGUGAGCUCAACAACUACUGCUGCUCCUGCAGCACCACCUUCUGCUGCUGUUGGUGGUGCUGGCAAGUCAGCAAACGGGGCAGCCAUUGGUGGGGCGAUGCCUAUUGGUGGGCGCGCGGCAGUGGGUGCUGCAUCUGGGGCAGCAGGAAAGGCCAAGGGGCGUGAUGCUGCUGCGCGCAGAGUUGGAGUGGUCACCCCAGAGUCAGGUGCAAACCCUGACCUCUUCAAGGACCUCUUCUGAUCACCAGUAGGUGCUCUUUGAAUGUUCCUAGUUAUUGACUAGCAGCAGCUGUACCUAUCCUAUGCUCGUGAGUCAGACUUUCCAAGUUGAAAUGAGUUGACCAGCAUUUGGAAGACGAGUGGCAGUGCUUUUGCUGGGUGCUGAUGUGGUGCUAAUCCUUGGACCGCUAGUGCCACUUGAAUUAGCAGCGGUUACCCAUAUGUGCCAUCUCAAUCAGUCAUGUAUUUGU